AUGUCUCGCCUACGCUCAAGACAACUCGAGUUUCAGCAUUUCAAAGUCACUUUUCCACAAGAGCAGGUCGUGCAGGUCACGCUGAACAGACCGCAGAAGCUCAAUUGUGUCGACAAGACCACCAGCCGGGAGAUUGCAGAGAUCUGGGAGGCGUUUGACCAAGAUGACAGCCUCCUGGUGGGUAUCAUCACGGGCGAUGGGAGGGCCUUUUGCACGGGGGCUGACCUGCAAGAGUGGAACGAGAUGAACAAGAACGGAGUGGUCAACGACAUGAGCGCCCCUGGCCUUGCUGGGCUGCCGCGUCGGGCAGGAAAGAAGCCGAUCAUCGCAGCGGUGAAUGGCAUCUGCAUGGGCGGGGGUUUCGAGAUGGUGGCCAAUUGUGAUCUCGUGGUGGCGUCCUCGAAGGCUGUCUUCUCCCUGCCCGAGGCGAAGAGAGGCAUUGUGCCCGUGGCGGGGUGUCUGCCGCGCCUGGCCCGCACCAUCGGCCUGCAGAGAACCAUGCAGCUGGCCCUGACCGGCAGGAAUGUGGACGCCAAGACGCUCCACGAGUGGGGUCUUAUCUCUGAGAUAGUGGACCCUGACGACCAAGGUGGUGGUGUCGUGGGUGCUGCGCUGCGGUGGGCACAGGACAUUUGCAAGAACAGCCCAGAUGCCGUGAUCGUGGGACGCAUGGGGAUCCGCAUGGCCUGGGACAUGGGCAAUGUCGAGGAGGCCGUCACAGCCCUGGCAGACCAGUGGUAUCCUCGUCUGGUCAGUGGUCCCAAUUUUGCCGAAGGGAUCAAGGCGUUUACGGAGGAGAAGAGACCGCCGAGGUGGGUGAGAUCGAAGCUGUGAUUGAUCCUGUGAUUCAGCUGGAAGGGGAGGGAGGGACAGGGAGGGAAGGCGUGAGGGUGGGAACGGUAGCCCGCGGAGCGUGGGAGGAAGGAGAAGAGGAGAGGAAGUAUGAGGAUGCGGAAAGGGCGAGCGAGAAAGGCGCACUGUGUGUGCUGUACUGUAUUGUAUCUCAAGAUUUACCGCCGAUGAAGAAGAAAAAAAAGAGGUGCGUCGACAGCAAUGGGGGCACCUUGCGCCCUGAUUAAGC